CAACAUUCCAUUCAUUCCAAAACCAUAACUUCAUGAUUCAUUCAUAUUUCUUCUAUCUCUCUCUCUUGCUAUAAUUGAACCAAAACUUCCACACCCAACCUGCUAAAUAAAACAAAAUCAAAACAAAGCAAAAAUCUCAGUGAAAAACCAUAAAAUGCAAGCCAUGAAUUCACUUCUUAGUGAACAACACGACGAUUUUCUCGAACAAAUUCUCUCUUCUGUUCCUUCUAAUUCAUCUCCUUGGCCUGAAUUUUCCAAAUCUUCAUGGGACCCACACCACCACCACCUCUCAUCUCCGCCGCCGCCGCCGCCGCCUCAGCAGAACCCUAACUCCGUCGACGAGCAAUCACCGUUCAUUUACGACGAUCAAGCUUCUUCUCUCCUCGCUUCAAAGCUCCGUCAACACCAGAUCAACGGCGGCGGCGGAAGCGCGGCUGCAGCUGCCGCUGCAGCUGCUAAAGCACUUAUGCUACAGCAACAACAGCUUUUGCUUUCUCGAACACUCGCCGGAAAUGGCGAUAACGACGGCGGCGUUAAUGGCAGUUCUGUUCAAGCUCUUUUCAAUGGAUUCACUGGAUCUCUUGGUCAAACCUCCAAUCAAUCUCACCAUUUUCAUCUUCCUCAGGGAGGAACGAUGAAUUCGCAGAGUUUCGGAGCUCCGGUAGCUUCGCCGGCGAUGAACCAAACGCCGGCGGCAAGUGGUUCAGCUGGAACAACGCCAGCGCCGGCGCAGCCAAAGCAACAAAGAGUGAGAGCUCGUAGAGGACAAGCUACUGAUCCUCAUAGCAUUGCUGAAAGAUUACGUAGAGAGAGAAUUGCAGAGAGAAUGAAGGCUUUACAGGAGCUGGUACCCAAUGCCAAUAAGACAGACAAGGCUUCAAUGCUUGAUGAGAUCAUCGACUAUGUCAAAUUCCUCCAGCUCCAAGUCAAAGUUCUAAGUAUGAGUAGAUUAGGUGGUGCUGCAGCUGUUGCUCCCUUAGUUGCUGAUAUGUCCUCUGAGGGAGGAAGAGGUAACGGUAACGGUAACGUAACGGCGUCAUCAUCAAACAAUGACACAAUGACGGUAACAGAACACCAAGUAGCUAAAUUAAUGGAAGAAGAUAUGGGUUCUGCCAUGCAAUAUCUACAAGGAAAAGGGUUAUGCCUUAUGCCUAUAUCAUUAGCUACUGCUAUCUCAACUGCCACGUGUCACUCCAGGAACCCCCCAAUGAUCCCUAACGGCGUUAACAACACUAACGGUGGAGGAGGACCAACUUCUCCUAGCUUGUCUGCUUUGACUGUUCAGUCAGCCACGUUAGUAGGUAACGCCGUUAAAGAUUCUACUUCUGUUUCUGAAGCUUAGAACGUUUUUCUUUUAACGGCGUUACAUUGACAUGAACAAUCAGCCGUCAAAAGUCUUACUAAAAUAAGGGUCUUUUAUUUCCUCUUGAAAGAGUUAAUCGGCAAAAACUACACCUUAAAGUAUUUUCAUCUUUUGAAUUUUAUAUAUGAAUUAUCAGGUUUAUGUGUUUUCCUAAGUCGUUUGAAUUAUUCAAAAAUGUUGCUACAUCGUGUUUGAUUCUUUAAAAAUAUAAUAUUUUCGAAGAAUCUGACAAGCACCCGAUGACAUUUUUGAAGAGUUCGAGACAUAGGUGUUUUCUACCUGAGUUGUCAUCAAUUAUUUAUCACAAUACAUCUCAACUAUUAAUUGUUUUAGUUUCAUACCGGAACAUAACAAUUAUUAAGUGAGGUAUGUUUUGCUAAAUAAUUGAUGAUAUUUCAGGUUAUAAACUUACACACCUGAUAAUUCUGAUGUAAAACUCAAAAAAAUCGAGAUAUUUUAAGCGUGUUAUUUUGGUUCGCUCUUUUUGAAAGAAAGAAGGGAGAAGCAAGAAUGGAACGACGUCGUAUUUAGGUAGACUUGGCUUAACUUAAGCUAACACAACAGGAAAGCCAAAGGGAACUAAGGAACUCAUGUUUCUUCUUAAUGAUGAGAUGAUCUUUUUCUUUUAAUUGUUUUUUUCUGUUGUUAAUUAAGUAUUUUUACUUGGAAUGAUUAUAUAUAUAUAUGUAAUGAUGAAUUGUGAUGAUGUUGUUAUGAUAUUGUAGAUGAUUAUGAAUGA